GUUAACAGCAGGCUUUAACCAUAUUUAUAGGUGCAGCUCGCGCUUGGUCCGGGCACCUUGUCUCGUAAGAAACGCUUACACUUGCACAAUGGGAAAGCUAGGCGAGAUAUUAUCGCACCCAGGGGAGAUUCUGCCUCUGGCGCGCAUGUAUCGCGCUGCAAAAAGGGCAGCAAAGCUACCGAAGGACCCAGACCUAGCUUUCUGCUAUGGCAUGCUGAACGAUGUGUCGCGAAGCUUUGCCAUCGUCAUCCAACAGCUACCAAACCCGUUGCGUGACGCCAUCUGCAUCUUCUACCUCGUCCUGCGUGGACUCGACACGGUGGAGGAUGACAUGGCGCUGGACGUUGGCUUCAAGGUGCCAGAGCUCAAACGCUUCCACGAGCGUAUCUACGAGAGGGGCUUCACCAUGGCUUGCGGCUACAACCACUACCAGCGGCUGAUGGCGCAGUUCGGCACGGUGGUGAAUGUGUUCCUGGGGCUGGAGGAGCGGCACCAGCAGGUCAUUGCAGACAUCACGCGGCGCAUGGGGUACGGCAUGGCGGAGUUCAUUGAGAAGGAGGUCAAGACGGUAGCCGACUACGACCUGUACUGCCACUACGUGGCGGGGCUGGUGGGGAUAGGCCUGUCGCAGCUGUUUGCCGCCAGCGGUCUGGAGGCCCCCUCCGUGGCGGCCCAGGAGGAGCUGGCCAACCACAUGGGGCUGUUCCUGCAGAAGACCAACAUCAUCAGGGACUACCUGGAGGACAUCCUGGAGGAGCCUGCGCCCCGCAUGUUCUGGCCGCGUGAGAUCUGGGGCCGCUACGGCUCCAGCCUGGAGGACUUCCAGCAGCCGGCCAACCGCAAGCAGGCGGUGCAGUGCCUCAACCACAUGGUGACGGACGCGCUGCGCCACGUGCCGCACUGCAUGCGCUACCUGGAGCAGCUGCAGCACGUCAUGGUGUUCCGCUUCUGCGCCAUCCCGCAAAUCAUGGCGGCAGGCACCCUGGCGCUGUGCUACAACAACGGAGGCGUGUUCGAGGGUGUUGUGAAGAUGCGGCGCGGCGAGACGGCCACCGUGUUCGAGACGUGCAGCAACCUGGGGGACGUGUACGGCUGGUUCCUGCGCUUCCUGGAGAUCCUGGAGGAGAAGGUGUGCAGCCAGGCUGCCGCGGACGACCCCACCCUGCCCGAGACCCGCCAGAUCGUCACCACCACCCGCCAGCUGUGCAGCAAGGGGCUGCAGCAGUACCGCGUCGCCCACCCGCCGCCCUCCGACGGCCCGCUGGCCCUCCUGCGCGACUUUGGCGCCCUGGCCCUCACCGCCACCUACGCCUACUACGUGUGGGGCCUAGGCGGGCCCGACUCGCUGCCCGCCGCCCUGCAGCCAUACGCUGGUGCUGCUGCAAGCGGUGGUGCUGCGGAGGUGAGGGGGGCGGCUGGAUGGGUGAGAGGUGGUGGGUGCAGAAGACAAAGAAGGCGAAGAUGCCGGAAGCCAGGAGCUCGGAUCCCUCGCAAUGAUAACCUGCUUUAUAAGAUGAAGAUGAGAAGGAAUGAGGUGGACUGGGGUGAUGAAGGUGUCGUAGGCUGUAGCAGAGAGGGAUGUUUGUGGUUUUCGAACGGUGAGAGCGAUGUUAACGAUACGUAGCACGUGCGGUGGUUGGAUGCGUGGCGAGUAUGGUAUGGUGGGGAGCUACUGCGGGAAGAAGGGGAGUGCCAGUGCGCUAUGCGGGUACGUGCGGUGGGGUGAAACGUGCCUCCAGUUAUGGUGGUGUUGGGGCGUUGGAGAUACGUGGUAUGUGGUAUGUUGGUGUCGAGGUAUCAGAGAUGAGGGAGGUUUACAUCGGCCCCGCGGCGUGCGUCCAAGAAGCAGCUAAUUGGAGAAGAUGCUUGCUUUGCUAACGAAUUAUUUGUUUGGCUACGGAUAAGGAAGAGAGACGAGCUUGCUGGCUACGUCUUACUAACUGCAGCGUUGGUUACCGGGCCGUUGCGUACGGCCGUUGCUUUCGAGGCGCCAUGUCGUUUUAUCGGGUGCCGGUAUGCGUCGCAAUCGACGUGCGCCGCUAUGGUGAUUUCAAUCAUGUUGCGGGAUACUUCGUGCUUUUAUAUUAUACAGGAAGGGCUGUCAUGCCACGAAAGACAAGAAGAAGUCGGGAUAAGACUGUGAAUGCACUGCUCUUGGACACCAACCGCGUUGUCUAACCAGCAACAGAGGUUGCUGCUCUUGAGAGAAAACUUCCUACGAAUUGCGAAGGCUAUUUCUG